CACCUUGCCUUCCUUAAAAAAUACGGCAGAGUGUUCACCAUCUGUCUGGGCGGCAGGCCAUCGCUUAUCGUUGCCGAUCCGGAGCUUUUGAAACAAAUAAUGGUCAAGGAUUUUCCAAAUUUCCGCAAUCGUUUCCAGUUUCAAAAGCCAGUGAACAAAACUCUUGCACAGAACGUGGCAUCCUCACGGGACGACAAAUGGAAACGGAUCCGAAACACGCUGACACCCACUUUCAGUGCGGGAAAACUGAAGCUGAUGACACCUUUGAUGGAGAAGUUGUGUGACACACUUUUGGAGAAACUUGAAAAAAUCACUGACUCGGGUGAGUUACAUUCCUUAGAAAGUAGGCGCGACUUCCAGCGCUCUCUCGGUCCUACCGGACAGCAAGCCUAUGUAGAGACUGUAGAAGGGUAUAGGCAUGGAAAUUGAUCAGGGGCACCCAACGUCAAUUUUCGCAAAAUAUCUGUUCGGAAGGCGCUUUGAGAUCUAGAAUUUUCGGAACAUUUGUUGUAAAAUUUCUUGCUUGCCUCUCCUAUGAUUUUCGAACAUCUGAAAAAUGGUGCAAUUACCUAUUUUUAACGGAUUUUUACCCUAAAAAGGUCACGUAGAAUUUUCGGGAGCCUUUUUUUCUGGCUGAAAUUUUCGAAACGUUACGUUUUGAUCCCUAUAUUUUUUGGUUCACCAGACUUUCAGCUAGGAAAUCCGAACAGAUGAAAAAUUUUUAGGGGAUAAAAAUAUGCCUAUAUCUGCUGUUUGAAUACAAAAACACGUUUAACAAUGCUAUGUUUAAGUGGUUUUGGACUAUAUUCUCGUUGGGUAACCCUGAUUUACAUUUUAAAUGUGGCAUUGCACUCUACCGAAAGGGAACGAGAGCAACGUGGUUCUCAGGGUCAGGGGUGGAAGCGGAAAAUUUUGUGUUUAGUAUUCAAUAUUCAAACUGUCAAUAUUCAAUAUUCAGACAUCAAUAUUCAAUAAUUCACACCUCAAUAUUUAAUAUUCAAAACUCAAUAUUCAAUAUUCAGACUUCCAUAUUUAUCUUAUUUUCAUUUUUUAAACAAUUAUGACCUCCCUCAUGACUCACUGAUUUUCUAUAAGAGCCACGUCCGUUAUUGCAGGCUGCCAAGACACAAUGUAUUCCUGUGCAGUGAGUUUUACCUAAUGGCAGAGGUCGUUCAGAAAAUAUCAAAAUAUAAACAAGACAUGCUCCUAGUUACAUUGCAAUAGACUAUUAUCUGUUGGUAAAUGUUGGUAGAGAAAGGCUUGACCUAAUCUCAAACAUUGAUCCAGUCCGGGCGGGGGGUACUCGCUUAUAUAAGCUAUAUAGGUAUAUGUAUCGCGCCAUCGGGUCGGGUUUUUGUGCCGUUUUGGUCUGACAACGGGUAUACACUUUGCCCAUUUUGGUCUGAAAUCGGGCAUAGUUUUCGAGGGAACCACGGGAGUGUAUGAACGUAGUUAUCGUUUCAAUUCCAAAUGAGGGAGAAAGAAAGAGAAAUAUGAGAAUUCGAAAUAGGUUUGAAGAAUUUUUUUUGUUUGCGCUCUUGUCUAAGUAAUGAUGACAUAAUUUCUGCCUAAAGGCCAGGUCUGAAAACGGCUAUGGGUUUUAGAGGUCUGGUCUGAAAACGGGUGUGGAAAAUAACAUUUUUUGUUCUGAAAUAGGGUCCGGAUUAGGAGAACCGGGCGGCACACCCCUACGAAGAAUUCCCAGGAGUACCCCUCCCCGGGGGCCCAGUCUGAUGGCGCUAAUCCCCAACUGAUUUUCAAGGUGGAUCGAUACCUGGGGUUCUCUCUUGACCUAGUCUGCUACACAGCCGUUUUUAGCGUCGUCACGCAACGCUCCUGUGGGGAGGAGCAUUGCGUGACGACACUAAAAACGGCUGUGUAGCAGACUACUCUUGACCUGGCUUUUCCCCAUAGCUACUUCCCUACUAUAUUUCAGGCAGCUUGGGAUUCCAAAAUUCACUCAAAAACAGACACGAGAGUUCAACGAGACUCGAGCGCGAAUGGUGUUGUCCCGGGGGGGUACUCCCAUACAUUACCUAUACGGGUAUGUGCCGCCCAACGGGGUCGUGAUUUUAAAGCUCCUGAUUUAGAACGGGGUAUCCAUUUCAGAGGCGUUUUCUAGAACGGGGUAUGAAAAAUUGUGCAUCAUGGCUUUAUCUUCUGCUUAAAAUUGUUGCUGAUUAUGAAGAAGCAUUUAUUUGAUGUAUAAGUCAAACAAAUAAAGAAAUAUCUUUUAAAAAAAAAAACAGGACUAUUUCAAUUUACAAACUUUCUAGAACGGAGUAUAAAAAAUUGGCCCAUUUCUAGAACGGGGUAUCAAUUUUAGGGGAAUUUUUUUUAGAACGGGGUGCCAAUUUGGAGUCCCGGGCGGCACAUACCCACCCAAAAAAUACCCAAGUGCCCCCCCCAGGGGUGUUGUCCCGAAAAGUCAGACAAAGAGUGACAAGAGGUUGUAAUGUGACAAGUCUCGUAUUACUGCGUGGUCAUGACAGCUGUCAGUUAGGAAUACUGCACUAAUGAAUUACAUAACCGAGCCGACUGUGUGAGCCUUCUCUUACCAUAGCCUAGGAACGCGGGCUACUGGAUGGACCGGCCCGACAAAACAUCAGUAGAACAUAAUAAAGCAUAACGAAUAAGUGAAUUUUCUAGAAAAAUAAAGAUUCAUCAUUCAAGUACAUUUAUUCAUAUUCAAACUAAAUUUUCAAAUAUUCCAACUAAUCUAAAGUCAAUAUUCAAUAUUCAAUAUUCUGCUUCCACCCCCGAUUCUCAGGGAGUAAAGGACCCUGAACCAUUGAGUGAAUGAAGUAAGGUUUAAAGUGAUGUUAUGAAGCAAAAUACUCAGUUAUUUUAUGUUUUUGUACAAUUUACUUUUUGGUCGCAUGUUUCCCCGCCCCUACGUGGCAACUCAAAGUCUAGCCAAAUAAUAGUCUUUCGUAUAUCAAGCAACAACGUAGGUGAUCACGAUAUGACUAAUGAAUGUCGAUUUUUUUUAAGGGUAUGGGGGCACUCCCUUUGAUGCAAUUUUCUUUAUAACUGUAUUUACAGAGACAGUAAAAUGUCUGUAAAUCGUGGAGAUUAAUUUACGGACACUUAAUAACAGUGAAAAUCUUUCCUACUUUUACAUUUAAAAUACAAAAUGACUGUAGAAUCAUUUGCGGACAGUUCAUACAGGUUUUUGAUAUCUUUAACUUUAACUUCAUCUCCAUAUUUCAGUCUACUAUUAGUUUUUUUUCCUUUGUAAGCAAGACCAACCGUGUAAAUGGUAAUGCAAAUAAAAAAUUAAUAUUGUUGUUGCUGUUUUUCACAGAUCAAAGUGUUGACAUGUUGGACUGGUUCAGUCGAAUGACACUAGAAGUCAUUUUGGCGACUGCUUUUGGAGUAGAUGCAAAAAUACAAACGGGAGAAAACAGCGAAAUGUUACGAGAGGCUAAGAAACUGUUUCACGUGCCUUUCUUUCUCCGACAAAUUGCCCGUCUUCCAUUUGGAGACGCAAUUCUUCGUUUGUUACUUGUUCUUGAGGGAAGUGAUGUAAACUAUUUCGAGCGUAUCGGGAGAGAAAUGUUAAACAGUCGUCGACAACAGGGACAGACAAAUCGAAAAGACCUGCUACAACUCAUGAUGACUGCCACUGAUGAAACCACUGAUGAAGGGGUCAGCAGACUCUCUGAUGACGAGGUUGUAGCCCAGUCCUUCAUCUUCUUAUUGGCCGGUUAUGAAACGUCAAGCAACACUCUGUCAUUUACUGUAUACCACUUGGCUUGUAACCCAGACGUUCAAGACAAACUGAGAUUAGAGAUUGCCGAUGCCCUAGAGACCAAUGGAGGGGAGAAAGCUCUCUAUGAAAUAGCCCAAAGCAUUGAAUAUCUUGAUUGUGUCAUAAAGGAGUCACAGCGAUUGUGUCCGCCUCUUCCACAUCUAAAUCGUGAAUGCCAGAAAGAUUUUGACCUUAACGGAAUCCAUAUUCCAGCUGGAACCGAGAUUGUUAUUCCAGUCUAUGCCUUACAUCAUGAUCCUGAAGCCUGGGAAGACCCAGAGAAGUUUGAUCCCGAGAGAUUCCGUGGUGCAAGGAAAGACGCCCACCAUCCCUUUCAGUUUCUGCCGUUCGGCGCCGGGCCUCGAAAUUGUAUCGGUAUGCGGUUCGCCCUGCUAGAGAUCAAGAUUGCCCUGGUGAAAAUUCUGAUGAAGUACAAGUUUGUGCGAUCACCCGAGACGCAAGUUCCUCUAGUCUUGCAUGAUGGCGCAACGAUGACUGCCAAAGAUGGCGUGCUGGUUAGAGUAGAGUCCGUGCAAUAA